CCUGCUCCUUUUGACCACACUAUUUCUAAUGCAGGCCGGGAUGCUGUUGGCCCUCUUGGCCACCUGGGCACACUGUCAGCUCAUGUUCAGCCGAGCAUCAACCAACAUGAAGACUGGGAUCGGACGUGCUGAAUGAAAUAAAGGACCAAGGGUGCCCGCACCAUCAAUUUUGCUGAGUUCCAGCAGGCCAUGAAGGAGAUCUGUGUUAAACGUUUCAAGGACAAAUCACCAGAGGAAGCCCUGGAAGCUGUGUAUGGCCUCAUUGAGGGGAAGGAGCCAAGCAACGUGGGCACCACCAGAGUCGCAAAAGUAGCUGGGGUCGAGAGGCUGACGGACACUAGCAAAUACACUGGCAGUCACAAAGAGCGCUUUGAUGAGAGUGGCAAGGGGAAAGGACUUGCUGGCCGUGAAGACUUGACAGACAACAGUGGCUAUGUUGGUGCCUACAAGGGAGCUGGCACUUAUGAUAAGACACACUAGGACUGAAGCUACUUUGGGAAGCAAGGAUCUUCUUCCUCUAGGAAUACAUGGCAGAAGAGGCAAAUAAA